CAAGAGGCAGCAUGUGUGAGUAUGCACUGUAAUGUGUGUGUGCAUGUGUGUGUAGAGUCGAACGCUGCGCUGGAGUCCGGGAGAUGUCUCACUGAUGCGAGGAUUCCCCUGUUUGCUCUCAGAGAGGACAUGUGCUGACUGUGUUUGAACCACCACAGGGAAUUAACUGUUACUCACACAGGAAACACUGGGAGAUUAAGUGAAGGGCAAACUGACACCGGCGUUUGAGGAUGUGUGGAAGAUCAUGCGGUCGGUGAGAGAUGACACCGCAGUGAUGUGCAGAAGCUGGUGAUGUGGCUGCGUAAUCACAGUUGAAUCAUGGGAAACGUGGAGAGUCAGAAUGGGGACAGUGCUUUCUACGGCGAUGCGACGGGACAUAUCUCCCGCAAGCACACAUCCCGGUCUCUCCGUCUCUCCAGCAAGCAGCCAAUCACCCGUCGUUCCCGGCACUCUUCUUCAGUGAAACAGGAACACAGAAACUCAGAUGCCUCAACCCGCUCCUCCAGCACCCCUAGCAUCCCACAAUCCUUAGCAGAGAACGGACUGGAACCUUUCAACGCAACAGAUGAGUUUGGAGAGUUUGGCAUCAACCCUCACUGGACACAGCGUGUUGCUAUGACAAUGAGGCCGGAGUCCUUUCAACACGAUGACGACCCCUUGGCCACACCAACUCCCGAAACCUCUGAGGCGGACACUGUCGCUCAGGAUGGAGGAGAGGACUCCAUGGGGGAGGGGGAGGGGGAGGGGGACGUUCUUGGUGAGGAAAGGUACCUCCAGCGGAUGACUGAGGGUCCACGGGAUGGAGGGAGUUUUAAAAAGAAGCGGUCCAAGUCAGCGGACAUGUGGAGAGAAGACAGCCUGGAGUUUUCUCUGUCCGACCUGAGCCAGGAGCAUCUGACCAGCACUGAGGAGAUGAUAGAUGGAGGAGAAGAGGAGGAGGAGGAACCGUUUACACGCCCCAGAGGCAACGCAGGCUCGGCUGAAAGGGCAUCUUCUCUGGACCAUCUGUGCAGCCAGCAGAGUCCUGGCCUCAGGGGGCAGAGGAGCCGCUAUGCUAAAAACCGCAGAGAAGCCCAGUGCGAUGGAGACGGAGAAGGGGAGGAGGGGUUGAUGUCUCCAACCGAGGAGGAUGGUGGCGGGUAUGGAGCAUUCACGCUCCCCUGCCGACGCUCCCACUGCCUGUCAGAGGGCCUGGCAGGGCUUGGCAUCCCUGCUGCUCCGUGCCCUGCUUUCCAGGGACGCCGUGCACAAACUACUCAGGACAUCUCGGGUGUUUUGGGCGAGGGAAGUGAGUAUGGUGAUAGUGGCAUCGAUGGCGUCACCACAGAGAUCGACGGGGAUGGAGAGUUGGUGUCCCGACGCUGUAAGGCCAUGUCGGCCUCUUUCUCAGUAUACUCAGCCACCGAGAGCAGUGUUUUCAACGGGAGCGACAGCGGGAGCAGCAGCGCAGGAGGAGGAGAAGGACGAGGAGGCGAGGGAGGCAGGGGAGGAGUGUAUGAAAAUUUCCGGAAGGAGCUGGACAAUCAAGCCUGGACACAUCAGGGUCGGGACUUCACGGAGGAGGCUGGCUCUGCUGUGAGUGAUGAGCAGAGCAGCGGCACACUCAGCAGUGCAUAUCCAUCGGAUGCUCUGAUUUGCAGUGCACAAGGCACGGUCAGAAAAGCAGGCGCUCUGGCUGUGAAGAACUUCUUGGUUCAUAAGAAAAACAAGAAAGUGGAGCCCGCAACAAGGCGCAAAUGGAAACACUACUGGGUCUCUUUGAAAGGCUGCACUCUUUUCCUGUAUGAGUCAGACUGUCGUUCUGGGAUCGACCACAACAGCGUUCCCAAACAUGCAUUGUGGGUGGAGAACAGCAUCGUGCAGGCCGUACCCGAACACCCCAAGAAAGACUUUGUCUUCUGUCUCAGCAACUCAGUGGGAGACGCUUUCCUCUUUCAGACGUCAGGACAGACAGAACUGGAGAACUGGAUCACAGCGAUCCACUCUGCAUGCGCCGCGGCUCUGGCUCGGCAGCACCACAGGGAGGAUACAGUGCGACUGCUGCGAACAGAGAUCCGCAAGCUGGAGCAGAAGAUCGACAUGGAUGAGAAAAUGAAGAAGAUGGGAGACAUGCAGCUGUCUACUGUCACUGACGCCAAGAAGAGGAAGACUAUACUGGAGCAGAUCUUCCUGUGGGAGCAGAACUUGGAGCGGUUUCACAUGGAUUUGUUCCGCUGUCGCUGCUACCUGGCCAGUCUGCAGGGCGGCGAACCCCCCAACCCCAAACGCCUGCUGGGCUUUGCUUCGCGUCCCACCAAGCUGGCUAUGGGACGACUGGGCAUCUUCUCUGUGUCCUCCUUCCAUGCACUGGUGUCAGCCCGCACAGAGAGCAGCAUCAGGAGGCGGAACCAAGCCAUGCCUCGGACCUUCAGUAAACGUCGUAGCCGCUUCUCCUCCCUCUGGGGACUGGACACUGCCUCAAAGAGAAAGACCAAGGGACAUCCUUCAAUCAACCAGGUCUUUGUUGAUGGGAUUGAGCCUGUGAGGAAACCAUUGGAGCGCAUGUUUGAAGACUCUGUCAGUGAGAAAUCUAAGGAAAAGGAGGGCUCGGUAAAAAGCCUUCCUCAGCAAAACGUAGACAGCGACAUGUGGGUUCCUGAUUACCUUGCUCCCUCCUGGGUGUGUCUUCCGAACAAUCAGCCUGUGCUGGCUAUCAUACAACCUGGAGAGACAGCGCUGGAAGUCCUGAGCACCGUCUGCAAGACCCACAACAUAGACCCCUCCUGCCACUACCUGCGUUUGAAGGUGUGGAUCGACAACCAAAUGCUCUUUUAUGUUCCCAAACCGGAAGAGGACAUCUCCGAUCUGCUCUACAAAGAGAUUGAGGUUUGCCCCAAAGCUACUAAGGUGAUCUGCUUUGACAAAACAGAGUCCUGCACCAUCGGAUAUGGUUUUUCUGUGGCAGUUAUAGAUGAGGAUGGGACGCAGCAGCUCCAUAUUACUGAAGUGAAAGCAGAAGGACUAGCAUCUGCUAAAGGUUUGAAAGCGGGGGAUGAGAUUCUGUUGCUGAAUGGUAAACCUGCAUCUGCCCUCCAAAUGGAUGAUAUGAGGGCUGCGUUUGUUAACCAAGCGUUGACCUUGAGCAUCAGCACUCUGCCCCAGCUGGACCCUCGGGUGUUGUGCUCCCUUCCACCGCGGCGCUCUGAUGGGGAGCAGGACCCAGCCACAGACAUCUUCUCCCAGAGCCAAGAGGACAUUCUGGAUGAGGUGUCUGGGUUAACAGCGGAGAGCCCAGAUGAGAGUAUGGAGGAAGGAUCUCGGUUGUCCCUGCAGAGUCCUGGAGAUCAUCCGGAAGACAAAACCUGCAUGGGGACUGGACAGAAGUCCUGCCUGAGCGGAGAUGGUGAAAAGAUGGAAAUGUACGUUUCGUCUCUCAACAGACCUCACAGUCCGAGCAACAGCCUGCCUGGACUUGGCCCGCAAACAAUUAGCACGGAGCAGGUCACUGCUUUCUGCCGCAGUCUCCAUGACAUGAAUCCCCUGGAGUGCCCUAUGUCAUCCUCUUCAUCGUCAUCCUCGUCGUCCCUCACCCCAAGCCCUGUGUCAGCUUUACCGCCCACAGCAGGUGCUGCCGCCCAGAGACAGCUCUCCCACGCAGACAAACUCCGCAAGGUCAUCAAUGAACUGGUGGAGACGGAGAAGACUUACGUCAAAGACCUGAGCUGCCUAAUAGAGUGCUACUUGACGCCUUUGCAGAAAGAGAGCUUCCUUACACAGGAUGAGCUGGACGUUUUGUUCGGUAACCUCGGGGAGAUGGUGGAGUUCCAGGUGGAGUUUCUCAGGACGCUGGAAGAUGGGAUAAGACUGGUGCCAGAUCUGGACAAACUGGAAAGAGUGGAGCAGUUUAAGAAAGUGCUGUUCUCCUUGGGUGGUUCCUUCCUGUAUUAUGCUGAUCGCUUCAAGAUCUAUAGCGCCUUCUGUGCCAGCCACACCAAGGUCCCAAAGGUCCUGGCUAAAGCAAAGACCGACCCAGAUUUCAAGGCUUUCCUGGCUGAGAGAAACCCCAGACAGCAACAUUCAUCCACUCUGGAGUCUUACCUGAUCAAACCCAUCCAGAGGGUCCUGAAGUAUCCACUGCUGCUGAAGGAGCUCUAUUCUCUCACUGACCCCGACAGUGAGGAGCACUACCACCUGGAUGUUGCAAUGAAGGCCAUGAACAAAGUUGCGAGUCACAUCAAUGAGAUGCAAAAGCUUCAUGAGGAGUACGGAGCUGUUUUCGACCAGCUCAUCAACGAACAGACGGCAGAUAAAAAAGAGGUGGCUGACCUCUCGAUGGGAGAUCUUUUGUUACAUUCUACUGUGGUAUGGAUCAACCCUCCACCCUCUUUGGUCAAGAGCAAAAAAGACCCGGAUUUGGCUGCUUUUGUGUUCAAAACAGCAGUUGUAUUUGUGUACAAAGACAGCUCCAAGCACAGGAAAAAAAUAGGUGGAUCUCACCGUGCGUCUGUGAGUGAUGACAAAGAUCCUUUCCGUUUCCGCCACAUGAUCGCAACGGACUCUCUACAAGUCCGCGCCCUUGCAAACUCUGAGGGUACCGCAGUUUGUGAGAUCGUUCACACAAAAUCUGAAUCUGAGGGAAGACCGGAGAGAACCUUCCAGUUGUGCUGCAGUUCUCCAGAUAGUAAGAAGGACUUCCUGAAAGCAGUCCACUCCAUUCUUCGAGAGAAGCAGCGACGCCAGCUUCUUAAGACAGAGUCUCUGCCACCCAAUCAGCAGUAUGUCCCAUUUGGGGGCAAACGUCUAUGUGCCCUCAAAGGGAUGCGGCCUUCCAUGAACAGAACAGCAUCAGCUCCAUCACGAAGGCUAGCACGCAGGAAGCUGGUGAGGAACCGCUUCACCAUCGACACUGACCUGGUUUUCCAUGGCAACAACAACAACAGCAAUGAUACAGACACCUCCAGCAACACUUCCUACCCUCCCUCCUACCCAUUGCUGUCCCAGCAUUCUCUUCCUCAAACCCACAAACCUCAAGGAGAGGACACGGACCGUUGGGUGGAGGAGCAGUUCGACCUGGGUUGCUAUGAAGAUCAGGGUGAGUGCGUUGACAUGGUUCCAGUGAAGGAAACGGACAUUUUGAGUGACGACGACGAGUACUGCAAGUCUGUCCGAGCGGCGUCGGCUGAACCGGUGGACCUGGAGGGAAAGAUGGAGGGACUCAACUUGCAGGGCGGAGAGAUUACGAGCCACAACCUGAAUGGACGAGCGGAGGCUGGGAUCAUGCUGAGCGUGACGCAGGAGGAGGACGUUGAUCGAAUAAAGCAUGGUGAUGAUUCAGACUCCUUCACCUCCUGCGGUGUCUCUCUAUCCCGCUGUGCAACCCCCACUCUAAAGCUUGCCCCCUUGAAGCAGUGCGCUGUGGAGGGGGCCACAAACAAGGACCACGAUGUCAUCUGGGUGAGGCGGGACGACUUUGCUAAUGGAUGCAACAGUGACGUGUUCUGAGUGGGAAGUUUAGAAAACAAGAUGAUGAAAGGAAACAACGACAAUGUGACUGGCGGUUUCUUCCACUUUUUUACAGAAAGUGGGAGAACAAAGAAAGAGGAAAGAUAAGAUACAAGCUUUAAAUAUGUAGAAUUUGGAGGUGUUUGUGUAUAGAAGGUAUUAAACCUCAGCCAGUCCUCCCUGUAUCACAACAAAACCCUCCUCUCCCCGCCUCACCUGCAUCUCCCUUCUUCUGACAAUCCUGGGACACCAUGCGAGUCAGAAAAACAUUCUCAGAGAUUCUCAUCCCAAACUCCUUAAUAGUGAACCCAAAAGACUACACAGUCCCUACUGUUCUGGACACAGGCAUUACACACAUCUGUGGAAUUGUAUGUGAACAUAACAGCACUGCAUGUGCACGCAAGUAAACAAGCAAGUGUGUGUAUGAACACUGAAAGCACACAGGAGCACAGACACGGAGACUCUAGACAGCUGCUGUUCUGUGCACACACGUGCUGAAGAGACGUCAUCACCGAACUGUGAUCUUCUGGCCAAAAAAUGUCUAUUUUUCAACACAGGAAUGUGGGUGUUAUAUUUUUCUGACUCAGAAACCGUGUUUGUAUUUUAACACUCAAGGGCUGUGUGUUACUGAAAUUCUCUUCAGGGGCUUUUGGCUUAACGACUGCUGUGUAAAAAGAUGGCGAGAUUCUACUAGCUUUAUUGUGCUUUUUUUAUUGUUCUAACUUAAUAUCAGCUGCACAUUGGUGUAUAGUCAGGAGUACAAUAGAGUGCCGUUAACCUCUUGUAUGUAAACGUUUUGAAGCUCACUUUUGUCUCCCAGCAUAUCCUUUUUAAAAGAUACCUAUUCUUUAUUUAAUUAUUGCCUUUUUACUGUAUUUUUUUAAUGUUUACACCACACUCAGCUGCCCAGUGUUACAAACCACCUUUUGUGUGUUUGGUGCCACAAAAAAAAAGCUUGUGCCCUUCACAUGAAUGUCCAGUCUAUAAUUUUGUUGCUCGAAUAAAAAAUAUAAUUUGUUAUUUUGGUAACUAAUGGAUUUCAUCAAAAUCAUUAAUAUUUCGUGUCCUUUCUUGCCCCAGAGGCCAUGCUCUCCUCCUCAUGCUCCACAUCCUUGAUAAAUAGCAUAAUAAUUCCUACAACAAUCCUGUUUUACUUGAAUUUUCUUUUUUGUUUUAAAAAGGUAUUCAACAGAGCCAUGUUAGACCGUACUGUAACUCGAAGGAGAAGAGCAAUCAUGCAGUUGACCUGUCAUCCCCUGACCGAUUCACACAUCUUCUUUUCUUUCUCCAGCUCCUUUGACAUUUUAUCAUGACAUCACAUCGACAGAGAAGCUGACUGAGACAGACUACACAUCCAUGACAUUUUGACAUCAAUCCCAUCACCUUACCCCUCCUGCAUUCCUUCCUUUAUCCACCAGGCUGUGCUGUUUUACUAUAUGUCAUCAACAACACGCUGAUUGCUGAGCUCAACAUUGUCAUGCGCACCUUAAUGGAUGUAUUUAACAUGCACUUAAUACCCAACUGUGAGGAGGGAAAUCUGUGAGUCACUCUGACUCAGAGUGAGUGAGAAGAGUGGAGGGAAAUAAUACACUUUGGAUGUUCUUAUUAUUGUCUUUUGAUUAUGAUGCUUAGAUUUUAGCUUACCCGGUGACGAUGACUGACGUUCAGACUGUGAGGUACAAUCACCUGGCCUUGGAGGCAAAUCCUACGAGAACCCCCUUUGACUCCUCCCUUUGUACUUUUGAAAACUGUGUUCGUACAUAAAACUGUGGAGUAUUAUCAUUUUUAUGUCAAAAUAAAUUUUCUAAAUUUA